AUGGCUAGAGGCGUGUCUCACCUGGAGAUGUUCGAGGAAGCUUUGAACGCAAAGUACUUCGGUGUCGGAAAGCCAUACGGAAGAGCCGAAUUCGACAAGUGGCUGGCAGAUUACGAUGCUAUCGUUGAGAUUCCAGCUGUCUUCCUGGAUGAGUUCGUCGAGGCAUACCCCGAGGUCCCAUUUGUGCACGUGGAGCGGGAUGUUCACAAGUGGUAUGUCUCCGUCAUGAACACACUGGGUCACUCUCUUCAGGACGUAGACAAGUUCCCGUUGAAGCAGCUGCGGCUUAUUGAUACUUAUGUGGAUCGCUUCUGCUCGUUUCAUCUUAUGGUUCAUCGAAUAUGGUGGCACGGCAAGGCGCUCGAAGACGGCGAGGACGUCCUCAAAGCGGAUUACAUUGAGUUGAAUCGCAGGGUCAAGGAAAUAGUACCAAAGGAGAAGCUGGCGUCGUUCAACCUAGAAGAUGGAUUUGGGUGGGAGCAGCUUUGCCCUGUUCUGGGAAAACCCAUACCAGAUGUGCCUUUUCCGAGCGCGAACAUCCCAGCAAGGUUUGAUAAGAUGCAAGCCGGUUUUGUUCGCAAAGCCAUAAAGAAAGCGUACGCUCUAUUGGCAACAUCAAUCUUGGUGCCAUCUAUUGCCAUAGCGGCGUGGUAUUAUUAUCGUGGCCGACCAGUCCGUGGCCUGGCCGCCCUACGGCUUCCUCUUUUUGGCCGCUAA